CCCACCUCCACUUUGUACCUUUCUCGCCGCGGCAGCGAAGCGGGCCGGGACCGGCCGGACCAGACCAGAGCGGACCCCGGGGGCGAUGCGGCUGCUGCCGCUGCUGCGGACUGUCCUCUGGGCCGCGCUCCUCAGCUCCCCGCUGCGAGGGGGCUCCGGCCUCCGCCACGCUGUCUACUGGAACUCCAGUAACCCCAGGCUGCUGGGAGGAGACGGCCUGGUGGAGCUGGACCUCAACGAUUACCUAGACAUCUUCUGCCCGCACUAUGAGGGGUCCGGGCCCCCUGACGGCCCCGAGACGUUUGCUUUGUAUAUGGUGGACCGGCCAGGCUAUGAGGCCUGCCAGGCCCAGGGGCCGGGUGCCUUCAAGCGCUGGGAGUGUGCGCUCCCCUUCGCUCCCUUCGGCCCUGUUCGAUUCUCUGAGAAGAUUCAGCGCUUCACACCCUUCUCACUUGGCUUUGAGUUCUUGCCUGGAGAGACCUACUACUACAUCUCGGUACCAACUUCGGAGAGUUCUGGCAAGUGCUUGAGGCUCCAGGUGUCUGUCUGCUGCAAGGAGAGCAGGUCGGAGUCAGCCCAUCCCGUUGGAAGCCCUGGAGAGAGCGGCACAUCAGGGUGGCAAGGGGGAGGCGCCCUCAGCCCCCUCUGUCUCUUGCUGCUGUUGCUGCUCCCGAUUCUGCGUCUCCUGCGAGUUCUCUGAGCCGAGCAGACCCCUCCUGCUACCCCCAGGAGCGAGAGCCCUCCCGAGACUCCCUGGAGGAGGGGCCCCUGCCUCUCGAGCUGGCAGCGUCAAGCCAGCCAGACCAAUGGAAGAGUGACCGGGCGGUCAGAGGGUCUGAGGUGACCCUUCCAGGGGCUGGCCCCUUAUCACAGGCUGAAGAGGAGCUGCAGGGGAGCUGCACACAGCCCUGGGCACCCUGGAGCCCAGGCAAGAUGAACAUAGGGUCUCUGUCAGCUGCUUUGACGUUCUCAUCCUGUCCCCCCAGAAAGACUGGGAUUUGGCGGGAUUGAAUCCUUGAGUCUGUUGGGGCCAAGACCGAAGACCUGGGGACAGGUAGAUUGGCAGAUCAGGGCAAGGAGGAAGUCCAGGCCUGUCAUCUGUGCCCAGUACCCUGUGGGCCUCUUCCCCAGGGCAGCAUUUUCCCCUCCCCUGGGGGUCACUCACUUGUCUUCUGUGAAGACGGACUUGCUAUGAGGUUGAAUAUCAUGCCAGUUUGUAUUUUUAUAAGUGUCUGGACCAAACCCUCAAUAAACCACCCAACUUUUGAUUGCUCUCCCCCAUCUAGCACCCUCUGGCUCCUUCCUUGACACC